AAAACCUUGUUAAAAAAGUAUAUCAAAGUCUUUUGAAUUACUUUAAAAAUCCUGUUCUAUUAGAAGUAGUUUUUAGAAAAUCUGUUCAAAUAGAGUUAUUUUUAGAAUAUAAUGUAUACUUAGCAUUACCAACUAUAAUUGUUACAGAUAAAAAAGUUCAAGCUGAUAAAAUUAUUUGUGAUUAUAAAGAAAAAAACAAUUGCCAG